AUUCCAGUAUAGUUAGUGAUGUUUUACUUCAAGACUUAUUGGCAUAUGUGUCUUCAAAACAUUCCUAUCUCAGAGAGCUUCCUCAGAGGCAGCCUCAGAAAGUGAACAGCAUAGAGUUUGUAGAGUUGGAGCAGCUUCAGCCUGACAUAUUAGUCCAUGUGGUACUAAGAAUUGUUGAUAUCACCGUACUGACAGAGGCAUUAUACAGUUAUAGAGGACAGAAGCAAAGGAAAGUUAUUUUAACAGUGGAACAGACCCAAGGUCAACAUUAUGUGCUUGUUUUAUGGGGUCUUGGAGCAACCUGGUACCCUCAACUUCAAAAGAAAAAAGGUUAUAUUUGGGAAUUUAAAUAUCUUUUUGUUCAGCGCAAUUGCAUACUAGAAAACCUAGAAUUGCAUACAACGCCUUGGUCAUCCUGUGAGUGUCUACUUGAUGAUGAUAUAAGAGCAAUUACAUUUAAAACAAAAUUUCAAGAAAGUGCACCCUCCUUUGUGAAGAUGUCAGACUUAGCAACCCAUCUAGAGGAUAAGUGUUCAGGAGUGGUUCUAGUUAAAGCCCAGAUUUUAGAGCUGGUAUUUCCUGUUACAGCAGCUCAGAAGAUAGCUCUAAAUGCUCACAGUUCUCUGAAGAGUAUUUUUUCUUCUCUUCCCAACAUUAUAUAUACUGGCUGCGCAAAAUGUGGAUUGGAACUAGAAACAGAUGAGAAUAAGAUCUACAAACAAUGUUUUAGCUGCUUGCCGUUUACUAUGAAGAAAAUAUACUAUAGGCCAGCUUCAAUGACUGUAGUUGAUGGAAGUCAUACCAUUUGCAUCCAUGUAGGAUCAAAGCUGCUAGAGAAGAUUCUUCUCAACAUUUCUCCGGACUGCCUCAAUAGAGUGAUAGUACCUUCCUCAGAGGUCACCUAUGGGAUGGCUGCAGCAGACGUGCUCCACUCCUUGUUGGCAGCCAGCGGGGAACCUCGGGCAAUGAAGAUUCAGAGCCUUUUCGUAUUAGAUGAAAACAGCUACCCCUUGCAACAGGAUUUCUCCUUACUGGAUUUUCAUUUGUUAGUAUAAAGCAUGAUGCCUAUGCCCUUCUCUGAGGCCAGAUGAAGAAACUGCAGGCAGUUGAAGGAAGAAGUACUGAAAUGAUCUGUCUUUUGAAAUAAAUGAAUGACAGGG